AUGAAGCGGAAGAACAUCUCAACGCACGUGUUCCGCUACAUCCUCGAUGGAUACAGGACCGAGGCGGCGCCGUAUUCUGCACUUACUGGACUUAAGCAGCGUAGCCAUUUUGGACGGCCGGAUUUUGGGGAGAUUUUGGAAAGGCAUUUUCAGGAUUUGGUCGAGGAUGGGGUUGUGGAGAGGAAAGUGGGGGUUCUCUAUUGCGGCACUCCCAUCGUGGGCGAGAUUCUUGCUGAUAAGUGUCACGAGCUUACGGCCAAGGCUAGGGAUAUGGGUCUACGAAUUCGAUAUGACUUUUUGAUGGAGGUGUUUGGGUGA